UACACAGAAUGGAGCAGAAUGGACACCUUUAGACUGGAAUUUGGUCUCAAAAUUACAACAAAGUGUUAUGGCCUACGGAGCCACUAAUUCGGCUGUACAAAGACAGAUGACAGCCUUUAUGAAAUACCAGGAGCUUGUUCCUGCCGAUAUUAGAUUGCUUAUGGAAACUCUCCUAGGGGCUACGGCUUUUACAAUGUUUCUGGUAAAGUGGCAGGAACGCUUAGAGCUAAAACAACUAGAGUUUAAGGCUGAAGACUCCAACCUGCUUGAGAUCAAGGCUGGAGAUGCCAACCUGCUCAAGAUUAAGACUGGAGACUCCAACCUACUAGAAUUUAAGGCUGAAGAUGCCAACCUACUACAGACAGCAACAGAGACAGAGGUUAAUGAGGUGCUGAGGAGUACAAGCCCUGAGAAAAAUGAAGCAUUAGAAGCCCAGCAACAGAUGUCCUUGUUUCAGAACCGUAUCAGAGAGCAAAAUGCACAUUUGGAGAUGCUACGUGAGAAAGCACAUGACCUGGAAGUACAGCUUGAGUCUUCUCAAAAGAAUGCCAAAGAUAAAGAAAAUACAUUUGCCCAAAUGGAAGAGAAUAUGGAAGAUACAAUUCAACAGCUAUGCGAAAGCACGGAAGAAAAAGAACAAGAUGUUAAAAGUCUCCAAGAUCUAGUGGCAUCAGAAAGGUUGUCUGUAUUACAAUGUGCCCUUUCUGUCCGGGACUCAGAAAUAAGAGAAUUGAAAAAUGAAAUAGCUUUAUGCAAAAUGAAAGAACAACAACAUGUUGAAGAACUGACAAUCAGCCAUGAGAAGGAUAUUUGCAGACAGUUGGAGAACUUGAGGGCUGAGCUGGAGAAGUGCCACAGAAGGGAAAUUGCAGAAGCCAGGCAGGUAUAUGAAGAAGAAAUGGUUUUGAAAUAUAAGAAUGAACUUGAACAGCUAAAAAGAGAGCUCUGUGCUCUGAAUUCUGAAGAGCAUGUUCAGACUUUGAAUGGCAUAAUAAUUGACUUAAAUAAGAGUCUUCAUGAGUCUGAAGUUAAUAAAGAAUCUUUGAGGAAGAGACUUGAGAACCAACAGGAAGACUUUGAGAGAGAAAAAUCUGAAAUUGAAACUAAAUACAAGGGUUUGAUUGAUGGGCUUAAGUUGCAACUUUCUGAUGCAGAAGAGCAGCUCAAGGAAGCUGAGCAAUAUAAACAAGUAAAACAGUCCUCGCGUGGAAAGAUUCAGAAACUGAAUUCUCUCGUCAAGGAAUUAAAUGAGAAGCAACUUUAUGAGGCUAAAGCCACUACAGAUGUAAGGCAAAAGCCUGAUGAAGACAAUGUCUCCAAUAAAAAGGUAAUGACUUUGAGGGAAAACCAGAUUUUACCAGAGAUGAGAGCAGAAUUUGAUGCGAUGUGGAAUGAGCCACACCAGUUGACAGGUGAAGAUGAGCUAGUUCAUGAAGAACUAGAGUUCCAGUAUGGCUUUGGAGUAGGCUCCUCAAGGGAUCCAUUAGCAGAAAUCAAGAAUUCAGAGGUCACAGAGAAUAAUGAAAACGGUGAAGGUGAUGACUCAAAGUAAUUGAGACAAAAAUUGAGCAACAACAGGUUUAUAGAUAUGACCCUGAAUAUCCAGUUAUGGUUUUGGUUUAUGGAUCACAGCAAUACAGAUCUGCUAUUAUAACGCAACAAAUUGAAAAACACUUAGCGAUCCUAGAAUGGGUUUUCCCAUCGUAUCAGCCUUCUGCAUCUGUUACCACGCUCCAGGAUUAUAUUGGGUCCCUAUUGUUAAAAGCCAAAGAACGUGUCAGGUUGGUGUUUGGUGUUGAUCCUUCUGUAUUUGUACUACCUUGGAAAACUACUGAUUUAAUCCAAGAAUGGUCAUUAUGUUCUAUCACCUUUGCUCUUGCAGUUAAUGGGGUACAAUUGUCAACACAUUAUCCCUCUCAUCCGCUGUUUCAAACAACCUCUAUUAUAAUGAGAGGGCCUAUUGUGAAACAAAAACCUAUAUCAAAUGCACUUACUGUAUUCACUGAUGCCAGUGGACGUACUGGGAAAUAUGGCUUCGCAUGGCAAGACAAUCAAAAUUGGAAACUAAAGAUAUGGACUGACACAGGAAAAUCAGUGCAAAUCUUAGAACUACAAGCCAUUGUUGAAACCUUAAAUUGGUUUUCCUCACAAGCCUUAAAUAUUGUAUCCGAUUCAGCAUAUGCAGUCAUUGUAGUCAAUCGUAUUGACUGUGCAAAAAUAGGUAAAAUCGGAACAUUGGAAAUUGAAGAAUUGGUAAUUCGCCUAAAGGGUAUAAUUCAAGAACGUAAGGAGCCCAUCUGGUGCUGCCACAUGCGAAGUCAUACCAACUUACCUGGUAUCUUUUCCCAGGGUAAUGCUGUAAUUGACCGAGCGGUUGCAGGACCAGUCGUGCUACGGAACUUUGAAGCGGCUCCUCAGUCACAUGAGUUUUUUCAUCAAUCCUCAAGAGGUCUACAGCAGGAAUUUGGACUAUCUAGGUCUCAGGCUCGAAAUAUUGUCGCAGCCUGCCCUGAUUGCGCCCGUAUUGCUCCAUUACAACAACAUGGAGUUAACCCACGAGGCUUAGGCCCAAGAAAAGUGAUGACCCACCUCGAUGGGUCCCAGCUAAAUGGGUAAAACCGUGGCUGGAAAAGAAGGGAGAUUCUGAGGAAAUGAGAGGACAGCAGACGGUGUCUUAAUAAACUAUUUGUGGAAUCUAGCUAGGGAACUUUUGGAAGAAAAACGAAAUGAAGAUAUUAGGUCUGGCAGCACCUGUGGUUCUGAUGGAACAGGGAAGUAUGAUGUCACAUAACAUGGAUCAUCAGCAAAACAUGUGGGUAACAUGGGUUAAUGAGAUAGGGCAGGAUUCCUUUUGUUUAUCUAUAGCAACCCCAUCUGAUCCAUUUCGAACAUGUUUGAUUGGAGUCCCUCUGGUAUCUCACAAGACCUUUAUAGAUAUGGCUGACCACUUCUUCCAACACAGGCUGGCCACCUGUGUUGGAACGAGUGUGCAUUUUAGUCAGUAUAAAAGCCCAAGCCUCACGUGAUGUGAGGGAGGCAGAGCC